CAAUUAUGUCUGUUACCUCUUCAAUCCACCGUCCUCGUCUCUUUCAUUUCUUCACAUAAUUCUUCUGCUAAUUUCAUGAUCACCUCCGGCGUACACCGCCCUCCGUCGGCAAAUUACCCGUCGUAGAAGCGAUUACUCCGAUGAAUUCCCGGCAACAGCUCCUCGACUCUCUCACCGCCCACAUCUCCCUCUACCAUUCCCAAACCCCUGACCGUUUCCCGAACUCGAACCCGAAUCCCCGACCCUACGUGCUCCGAUGGUUCUCCUCUCUCUCGGUGCACCAACGCCGCGCCCACAUGACGGCUAUUGAUCCGAGCUUCAUCGCCAUCCUUCUUCAGAUGAAGGGGAAGCUCCGAUCGAACGGCGCCGGGCGCUUCAUCAUCCUCCCCGACCUUCCUCAAAAUGAUGAUUCUUCCAUGCCCACGCUCUGCUAUCGAAAAUCAGACGGUUUGGUGUCCCGAUUUGCUGAGUUCAGUUGCGCCCAGCGCGCGAUACACGACUCGGUUGAGCUGUUCAGCUCAACGGAAGGUGAGAGGGAUGUUAAAGGGGACGCGAAAGGAUUUCCAUGUCUUGAUGCGAUGUGUGUGGCCGAGGGUUUAGUGUCUAACGUGAAUCAAUUUGUUGAGGUCAUGGAUGAGAUCACAAACGGGGAGUUUUUAAGGGGAGGGGAUGAGGGGGAGAUGGCUGGGGACUGGGUGGAGCUGGGAUGGCUGAAAGCGAAGGGCUAUUACAGCUUGGAAGAGUUCGUUGUGAAUAGAAUUGAGGUUUCUUUGAGGCUGUCCUGGUUGGGCAGUAACAGUGGGAAGAAAAGAGGUGUGAAGUUGAAGGACAAAGUUAGUGCGGCCGGUGUUGCUGCAAAUGUGUUCUGGAGGAAGAAAGGAUGUGUGGAUUGGUGGGAGAAGUUGGAUGGGUGUGUGAAGAAGAAGGUUUACAGUGCAUUCCUGGGAAAAGCUGCAGGAAAAUUGACAGAUGAUAUAGUAAAGGGAAACCUUCCCUUCUUGGAUGAUGAAAUGUGGGGCCUUGAUGAUCAAGAAAAACUAUUGCAAAGACGCGAUUCUUCUUUCGUCUGGACACGGAAUAUUGCAACAUGCAGAAGAACAAAUCCAAAAACAAAAUCGAACGACAAACAUGUGACUGAUCUUCAGAAGCUGUCUCCAUUAUACAUCAUCUUCAACAGUUUGUAUAUUCUUCAGAUUAUUUGCAAUAUGCUAUCUGCAGCUCAGUGUGGUGAAUAUGAUAAGCUUUUUUUUAGCCCUCUGAACUCCGUAAAUAGCAUAUCAGACGUCAUGCUAAGAAAGUUCCGUGAUUUUCUCAUGGUUAUUUCACUUGACUGCACAAAAAUUGAGUUAUUAGGGGAGGGCACUAAGACUCUUACCAAAAAACUAAAUAACAAACCUGUUACACCUAGCCGUAAGAAAAAAGGGAAGAACCAAAACAAAAAGUCCAAUCCCGUUCCAAGAUCUUGUCAAGAUGAUCCAAAACGUGCUAACCCUACUAAGGGAAAAGGGGAUGAAGUGUUGUGUACAAGCAAUGUCGUUGACAGACAUCCAAGCAAGUUUGACUGUGAAGUGCCAAAAAAGGAUCUCGUUAGAGAGGGUCUCUCAUCUGCAGAUGCAAUGGAAUCUGUUAAUGGAGUGAAUAAUGGAAAAUUUCGAGGUGCUCCCAGGAAGAGUAGGAAAGAAAGGAAAAAGUAUAAAAGCUCUGGUCCCAAUGGCUCAGAGGUUAGUAGUUGCGAACCAAGAUGCACUAGAGUUUCCCCAGCCUCCGUUAGCUCUCAACCUGGACCUCCCAUGCCUGAUUUGGCCAUGGGAAGUUCAACUUUUAAGAAUGUGACAAGCAAUGGUGGGAUUCAGAUUGACAGGCUGGAUGCAAAUUCAAUGCUGUGUAGCAAGUUAACUGAUGAUAACCCUGAUAACGUUUAUUCUACUGAAACUGGUAGUCAUCUCUGCGUGAAGCAUCAUCCAGACAUAAGUGAUGCAGUCCUAAGUGGCUCUGAAACCACUCGACAUAAUUCUUCAAAAUGUGAUCCGGAUUCUAGUGCCAAAACCCGCGAUCCUGCGGUUGAAUAUAAUGACGAGAUAUGCACAAGAGUCGUUAGCGGUGGAAAUCCUGCCACUGGUUAUUUGGGCAAACUUUCGAGAGGUGGUGAAGAGGUAAAACCCCCUCUGGUACAGGAGAAUGCAAAUCUUGGUGUCCUUAGAGUUGGGACCAUGAGUUCACCAGCAUACGUCUCUUAUGAGUGGCCCAAUGUAGCCCCCUUUCACCCAUUGACUAACGCACACCACCCUGCCACCACCGACAGGUUGCAUCUAGACGUUGGUCACACUUUACAAAAUAAUUUCCACCAUUCUUUUGUACAUACUGUACAAGUAAGAAAGUCUCCUAUUGACAAUAAUGGCUACAAUGGCAUUUUAUCCAGACCUCUUCCAAUGAGUUUAGAUUGGCCUCCUGUGGUGCGUGGUGUUAACAGAAUAGUCCCAUCAGUUACCUCCAGUUAUGAUACCGAGUUCAUUUCGAGGCGCCAGUCUCGUUUUCAGCAAGGCAUCACAGGUCAAAAUUUGCAUUGUGGUGCGGAUUCUGAGGAUGAAAGGACCAUUUCCAGUGACUUGAUUGACUUUCCUGAUGUUCCGAUUCCACAGGAACUGGUGGAAGAGCAUGAUAAAAACUGGAUGUCUGAAGAAGAGCUAGAGACACAUGCAGUUAGCGGAAUGGAUUACAAUCAGUAUUUUGGGGGUGGUGUUAUGUAUUGGAAUCCUUCUGACCAUCCAGUGACCAGCUUCUCACGCCCGCCUUCUCUUUGUUCAGACGAUAGCUCCUGGGCAUGGAGAGAAGCAGACAUGAACAGGGCUGUUGAUGAUAUGGUUGCCUUCUCCUCUUCUUACAGCACAAAUGGUUUGACCUCUCCAUCUACUGCUUCCUUUUGCUCGCCAUUUGAUCCUUUGGGUCCGGGUGCUAUCGGUUAUGUUAUGCCUGGUGGUGAAAUUAGCAACAAGGUUCUGCAUUCUUCCUCAACAAUGAAUGACGGUGGUGCGGAGGAGAGUGUCUCAGGAUCUAUGUCCAAUAUUUCAGGUGAUGGAGAAAUGAAGACCGUAGAUUCCCAUCCAUACCCUAUAUUGAGGCCGAUAAUUAUUCCGAGUAUGUCGAGGGAUAGGUCGAGAUCUGAGUUCAAGCGUAAUUAUGAUCACAAAAGCCCUUGUGUUCCUCCAAACAGAAGGGAACAUCCUCGGAUAAAGAGGCCGCCUUCUCCUGUAGUCUUAUGUGUGCCACAUGCUCCACACCCCCCUCCCCCUUCUCCUGUUGGUGAUUCCAGAAAGCAAAGGGGUUUUCCUACUGUGCGCUCUGGUAGCUCGAGCCCGAGGCAUUGGGGUGUGAAAGGUUGGUUCCAUGAUGGUUUCAGCUUUGAAGAAGCUUGUGUGCCAAUGGAAGGGAGUGACAUAGUUUGGCCUUCUUGGAGGAACAAGGCCCUUUCAGCCCGCCAGUUGCCCCAGCCUUUAGCAGGACCGUUUCUUCAGGAUCGUCUGAUGGCAAUUUCCCAAUUAGCUCGUGAUCAGGAACAUCCAGAUGUUAUAUUGCCUUUGGAACCGCCUGAUACACAGAACUGUUCAACUCGCAAAGCAUCUUUGUCACUGAUUCAUGAUGUUCUGCAUGAUGAAAUCGACUUGUUCUGCAAGCAGGUUGCUGCUGAGAACUUAAUCAGGAAGCCGUACAUUAAUUGGGCUGUAAAGCGGGUUGCACGGUCUCUCCAAGUCUUGUGGCCUCGCGCUAGAACGAAUAUUUAUGGUUCGAAUGCCACUGGCUUGUCUUUGCCAUCCAGUGAUGUGGACCUUGUGGUUUGUCUUCCUCCUGUGAGAAAUUUGGAACCUAUUAAAGAAGCUGGGAUCUUAGAGGGACGUAAUGGAAUUAAAGAGACUUGCCUUCAGGAUAGUUUAAUGGCUAACGUGAUGCUUUUGAACUUGCAUGUUGCAUCAUUUCUAUUUCCUUCUAAACAUGCUGCUAGAUAUCUUGCGAACCAGGAAUGGGUCAAAAGUGACUCUCUCAAGAUUGUUGAAAAUACUGCUAUACCAAUCAUAAUGCUUGUGGCGGAGGUUCCUCAUAAUCUCAUCUUGACUCAGUCAAAUGUUCAAACAUCAAAUCAAGAAGCAGAGCAGUUAUCUUCUACAGGAGGAGACCAUUUUCAGCCUGAUACGACUAGUUCAGAGGGCAAUGCUUCACCAGAAUGGAGUAAGACAAUGAAUGAUAUAAAUGAUGGGUUCAAGUCUGUUCGUAUUGACAUUAGUUUCAAGUCUCCUACACACUCUGGACUUCAGACAACUGGACUGGUCAAAGAUCUUACUGAGAGGUUUCCUGCUGUAAUGCCACUUACAUUGGUGCUAAAACAGUUUCUAGCUGACCGUAGUCUGGAUCAGUCUUAUUCGGGUGGUUUAAGCUCAUAUUGCCUGAUACUACUAAUCACGCGCUUUCUGCAACAUGAGCAUCAUCAUGGCCGACCAACCAAUCAAAGCUAUGGAAGUCUCCUGAUGGAUUUUCUAUAUUUCUUCGGCAAUGUCUUUGAACCGCGGCAAAUGCGUGUUUCAGUACAGGGAAGUGGUGUAUAUUUGAAAAGGGAACGUGGCUGCAGUAUUGAUCCACUUUACAUUGACGAUCCCCUAUUUUUGACAAACAAUGUCGGGAGAAAUUGUUUCCGUAUACAUCAGUGUAUCAAGGCGUUUGCUGAUGCAUAUGCAAUGCUGGAGAACGAGCUCACAUGCAUCCAUAAUGAUGAUGACAGUAAUGCCAAGCCCAACUGUGAACUGCUUCCAAAAUUAAUUCCAAGCAUUGCUCAUUUCGUGGGGUCCUAAUAUUUUGUGGAGCACGGCUUUUCCGGGACCGACUAUAUAUUUUAACAUCACAUUUAAAGUGGACCUUAUGGCAGUAAAUUUGAAGAUUGUUAGUGGUAAAAACUCGUAUUGAUUUGAGAAAUGCUCCGUGUAGAAGAAGCUGAUGGAUUUGCUUAUCGAGACAAGACUUGCCGCCAGACACCUCGUUUGCUCUUUCCCCAUCCGGUGUGGUUUGAGCAGCAUAAGCAUUUGCAAUCGCUGUCAAAUCGGCAGGCGUAAAAUACACAUAUUUAGGAAUGAUUAUGCUCGGUGGCUUUGAAACUAUCAUAACCCAGAUCGAGUUUUUAAAACAUAUUGCUGCAUGCCAAGGAUACACUUCUUUGAAGGACCCAUGAUAUGAGGGCUUAGAAGGGAUUAUAUUUAUUUGUUAGAGAUACACUGCUUGGGAAGUUAUGGAAGUCGAGCAUUGGAGGUUGAGAGUGACAUACAUGAUGGCUACAUGGAAUAGAUGUCAGGUUGCGAGAUGCAUAAAAGUCGAAAGGCACAUGGAGAAUAUUUUACCCGCAAGGCACGAUGUUGAGAGCCAAAUUUGAAGUUUCGAAUGGAUAUUUAUGAUUAGAGCACCUUCGUAAUAGUACCUCAUUGAUGUAUGUUUGAUUUGCAAUUGGGAAGGGUUGAAUUUUGGUACAAGAGUGAGUUACAAACAUCCGUUGAAUGUUUCAGGCAUAAUAUACAUCACUGUUGAAUUAUUUACUCAACCCAAUAAAUAUUGAAUAGCUACCGGGGAAAAAAUUCAAUAGCAUUGACAUCUUUACUU